GGAACACAUCAUGUGAUUUGGCUGCUGGUUGACGUCGGAAACUUUUCGUGGACGCACUGGGAAGAGAGUUGUUUACAAACAACAAGAGUAUCAGAAUAAAACCGAAAGCGUUGCUGAAAAUUAGCAAAUGUGGCGAAUCGUUAAUUUUUUCAACAGUAUGGAGCCUCAUAACAGUCAUUAGUGAAUAUUAAUCAUAUCCUCGAGUGACAUUUACAGUGUGUGUGUGGAGGCAGUGAUAUAAAGCUGAGCAGGUGCAGUGCAUAAGUUACAAAGAGGUGUUGGUUGUGGGCAGUGAGCAGGACACAUGGCAGAGGAAGGCAACAAGCUGACACUUAGGCGCCUGGAGGCACCAAUCCACAAGUUCAUUAAAGUGGCUCUACCCACGGACCUGGAGAGGCUACAGAAACACCACAAUAACAUACUGAAGUACCAACAAAGCCAGCAAUGGGACCGGCUUCAUCUGGAGCAUAUCAAUGCGAGCAGAACGGUCCAGCAGUUGAGAGCCAACGUCAGAGAGAUGGAGAAGCUGUGCGCACGGGUCCGUGCGGAAGACGCUGACGCGCUGGAAGCACUUGUCAAGCCAGUCAAAGACAGGGCGUCAGCCGCCGCACGAGACUUCCUGCUUUUACAGUCUAAUCCUGUGCGUCAGCCUGCGCCACCACCUGCCGCUCAGCCGUCCAGCUGUGUGUCCAACAGUUGCCACGCUAAUGAUGAUGUGUGCAAGGAGCCAGUGUCUGGCAGGCAAAUUGAGCUCCACCUUCCAAAAAUCCCUGCUGAUCAGAUUGCAGCUGAGUCCUGGGACAACCUGGAAGAGGAUCUGAAGGAACUGAGUGGUUUGGUGACGGAGUUCUCUCUGCUCGUCCAUGCUCCUCUGAGAGAAGCUAGCACAGAUCGGCUCAGGACUACUGCUGGGCCCCCGCAGAGCCUUCACCAAGGCAGGAGGAGAGGUUGGGGAGUAGACGAGGGCGAGAUGGAGGAUGUGGGGGAGGACGACGGCGUGUUGUCCACAGGGGGAGAGGUGGGGAACAAUGGAUACAUCGGAGCAGGUGGAGAACAGACGGCUUAGAUUAUCACUCUAUCCUCAGGGAUGGAGAGAGAGAAGCAGGGAGACAGAGUGGAAGAGAGAUUAACAGUGAAAAAGACAGAGAGAGAGUGAAGAUGUAGUUAGGGUAAAAAAAAAAAGACAGAGACAUGGGGGGGGCAGAAAGAGCAUAGACAUGUUGUUUUGGUGUCUCAAGGGUGAAAGACACCGUCAGGGGAGUAAUAUUCCAGCUCUCAGCCACAGUGGAAAUACUGAGUGCGAGUGUGUGGUUGUGUUUGUACAUGCGUCAUGUUAGUGGCUGUUCCGGUGUCUGUGUUCUUGUCUGUAUGUUUUUUAUUGUGUGUCUUCUCAGGCCACACGAUCAUAAGCCUAUAAUUUGAUUGUACUGUAUAAAACUGACAAAUACAGUAUUUAAAUUAUUGAAUGAUUAAUCUAGUAUUCCUUAUAUUAUUAAUGUACUCUGUAAAAUGUAAACAAAGUCUGAUAUGUGGGUGUUACAAUUGCUUAUUCAGUUUGAUUAGAGGCAUGUAAAAAGUUUUCAGUUUAUUUGAUUUCAUUUGCAAUUACUAUAAUUUUAAGCAGAGGACAAUGUAUUGUAAAAUAAAACGAAAAAAUAAAGUAUAAUAAAAACAUAUAAUUAUAGUUUUUGUCCUACUAAAUUUACUAAAAUGGUGCACUGUUUUUUCCAAAACUGGAAGAGAUGCAUUCCCUCGUGCUUAAAUCAUAUAUUCAAAAGAUCAUUUUAGAACUAGCUUUCACCCUAGGUAAUUGUAGAAUUUGACAAUUUUCUUCCCAUAUUGCUUAGCCCAAUAAAACAUAAAAACAUAUGACAAAUAAAAAUAACCAUUUUAAAUACAUUCUUACCACAAGGUGCAUUUAAUUGAGCUGUCAAUUAAAUCACAAUUUUUUUUGUAGGAGUUAAAAUUUCUCUUUUUAUGAGCUAACAAUUACUGAAUGGACAUUGAAAUGAGACUGUUUCAUACGCUUUUAUUUUAACAAAAAUGGUUUCUAAAUUUCCUAAAAAACUCUACCAAAACAUACUUAAAAUGUGUGACCAUAUCAUAAGAAAACAUUCAGGCUUAUCAUUUAGAGCUGCAAACAUUAGUCGAGUAUUUGAUCGGUAAAAAAAAUGAAUCCGCAGCUGUUGUGAUUGUCAUUUUCUUUUCUUAUUUAAAUAGAUUGUAUUAUUAAGUUUGGGCAUUUAAUGCCUUUGUUAGAUGAUAACCGGAAACCAAACUCAAACCGGGGACGUUCCUCAUCUUUAAGCCACGAGGGGCUCUCCGCUUUAGUCAGGAUGUUAAGGAUUUGUUGCUUUUUUCAGUUUUAUAUAACGAUAAAUUGUAUAUUUUUCAGACUGUUGGCCAAAUAAAACAAAACAUGUGAAAACUUCACCUUGAUCUAUGGGAAAUUAUAACACACUUAUUGAGAAAAUAGCAUGAAUUGAUGAAAAAUAAUUGUUUGUUGCUGCCCUAUUUUUUAUCUUGGUGAAACUGCUGCUUUGAAAGGAGAAAAAAACAGCACAGAAAUUGAGAAAGAAGAAGAUCUAAGAGGAUGUGAUCUGUGAGUGGUUAAACUGCCUAUGUUCAGUCAGAACAGGAAGCUUUUACAUGUGGAAAAGAAGUUGUAAAAAAAUGGACAGAGCUGAAUCUGUAAAGUAGCUUUUAGAGAGGGCCGAGGAAUUCCACGGAUGGAGAAGCGGUGUUGAGGAAAGGUGA